AUGGCGAAUGGAAGGCAUUGGAUUAAUAUUAUUGGGUUCCUAGCCAGCUGUGCCUUAAUUUCAUGCGCCCAAGUAGAAGACCCUUGCAAGACGAAGUCUCGCAUCUCAGCUGACGAUAAAUACUGUGACAAAUACUGGGAGUGUGAUGGUGGUCAGCCGGUGCAAUAUGACUGUCCCAACGGCCUGGUCUUCGCGGGGAAACACCGUGGAGUCACAGAAGGAUGCGACUACCCUUGGCGGUCGAACUAUUGUGAAUAUCCUAAAGUCCAGAUAAAUCCGCCAAUAGGAACGGAACAUUGCGACUGGCUGUAUGGUAUAUUCGGACACGAGACCUCCUGCACUAGAUACUGGACUUGCUGGAAUGGGACGGCUACAGAACAGCUGUGCAUCGGUGGAUUGCUCUACAAUGAGAAUGCACACUCAUGCGAUUGGCCAGAAAAUGUUGAUGGAUGUCAAAAACACCCACUCUGCAACGAAGACCCCAACGGCAACGUACCCCUGGGAAAAUCCUGCAACAGAUACUGGCAAUGCCAAGGUGGAUAUCCUCGGCUGCAGAGGUGUCCAGCCAUGUUGGUAUUCGACAGACGCUCCUUAAGAUGCGUCGUGCCGCCGACUGAGGAGUGUGAUGUCCCCACCACCACUCCACCUCCCCCAGAAGAAGCCCAGGAACCCAGACAGGAUGCACCACCGCAUAGAUCGCAUCGGCCAAGUCAAGAAUUCCAAGACGGUCAUCGCCCCCAAAAUCGCCCAAGAAAUUAA